GUUCAGCACGGGUUUCUUUGGCACCCCACUGGUGUUUAGAAGCCAAGGAUUUGGAAAGCAGCGCUCUCCUCGGACACUCCCAUCUUUUUCUUGCCUCUCGCUCACUCACUCAUCUUUUCUUUUUUCGCUCCUCUGUGUGCUUACUCAAACCACUCGGCUGUCAUUUGCCUGUGUCAUCGGGCCUCGGUUAAUGAGCUUAGCAUGUGCAUCAGCUUUGCAUGUUGUUGUUGUGGUGCUGGUGGGUUGGGAGAAAACUAACCAGGACCUCCUUUCCUUUCCUGCAGCUAGGCUCUUUACGCUCUCUCCUCCCUGACUCGAAUGCUACCUGACUUCAUCGUCUCUCUCUCUCGCUCUCGCUCUCUCGCUUCACUCUGUCCCAAAGCUUUGUCAAAACUGCUUUGUGCUGCAUCACCGCUUCUGCGGCUGCAGCGCUUUCCUUUUUUGGAUUCACCAUCUCCUCGAACUUUUUUGGUUUGUUCGCCAAAAUGUACCGGAACCCGUGGAUUUCCAAUUAUCUAAGCCAUGUCAAGUUUUGCGGUGAAGGACUCCCAAGUGACAGCUCUAUCACAAUUAGCAAAAGCAGAUUGCUUCAGAGGAGAGCUCUUAGCUUCCAAAAACAAUUCUCUUUGGACGAAAAAGGUGACCCAAUCAAAGUUACCAAAGAUAUAGAUGUUAGUCUCCUGGCUAAUCUCAACAAAGUCUCUGAGUUGAGGAAACGAUUUGAAGGCAUCACCACAAGCACGAGUGACUUGGAAAUGAACAGGAAGGAGCGCAUCACCCGGCGAUUGGAAGGCAUCGAGGGGGAGCCGCAUCCAUCGGUCCUGCCCAAUUUGGUGGCCAAUCGUCUUCUGGAAGAAGAUACACCGCGAUACACGAGAGCUUCUGACUCAUGCGAGCCACGUGGUGUUACAGUGCAAAGAUAUGGAAUGGAAGAGUUAGAAAAUCCAGAUAGUAUGCAGCCGCUAGUUCCUGAGCGACAGUCCAGAAGUCAACAUCGAUCUGAUCCGAAGGCCUCCAAUCACGCUGAUCACAAUUCAUCACCAUCAUCCAGCAAAGGUGGUCCAGAGCUAGAGUCCAAAGCUGAACGCAUUGCCCGCUACAAGGCGGAGCGCCGUCGGCAGCUGGCUGAGCGUUAUGGUAUCUCUUUGGACCUGGAGCCAGACAUGGAGCAUCCAUCCCGCUACACUCGUCCUCUUAAAGAGCCCGAUGGCCCCGAAAGGCGUAACAAAGCGGAGUUUGUCCCGGAUGAAGAAAGAAACCUCGCUAUGACUUCCACCGGUAGUCCGAGGCGAGGGCAAAGCGCACCCCAAAAGAGCCAUCCCGAGGCGGGCUAUGAAAUGAGUCGAAGCAGAGUGGAUUCUUUCUUAGAGAGGGAGCGGCUCCUGAACCUGGAGAAUCAACGCAGAGCAGCCGCUCCUGAGCCGUCCACUUACAUGGAUGUUACAUCAUUGUCCUCCAGCGCCAGCGUGCCUGCUCGGGACUACACCGGCACAGGCGCGCCGCCAAGCUCGCCCAAGAUGAGCAGACGACCUUCUGUCCCCUCACCCAAACACGGCGUGUCACCUGGUGACUUCUUUAUCGAGCAGCAGGCCCAUAACAUACUCACCAGACAUGGUACAAGGGCAAAAGUGUGCCCUGAUUGGUUCCUCAAGACUGACGCUGAUGGCGACACCCACACCUUAAUCAACUGGCCCUCGAGAAUUCGAGUUAGGGAGAGGCUUGCGAAGGAGGACUGUCGUCAGAGGAGCCCAGAGCCGGCAAGUGUCGCAGAAGCUCCGACAUAUCGCAGACAAUUUCAGCACCAGCCGUCUGCGCGGUACACCACGGAGCCAACCAUUCCCCAGCAGAACCACCCUCACCAUCACCCGCAAGCGCUGCUUUCUCCGUCCCGGCCACCAGGGGCUCCAGAUAUUACCGGUUAUCCCAGUUAUCUGUCCAUGACCUCUGGCGCUCCAUCCAAACUGGAGCUGCUCCCAGAUGAGGAAAGUGAGGAGACGGGCGACGUUCGGACAGAGGGCCUGUUGCGUUGUAGGAAAGCAGUACUACCCUCAGAGGUCCGCCGCAGGGAGAGGAGCGCCGAAGACCCGCAUAGAGGAAGAAGAGAUGAUGAGAUGAGGUCCUCCAAAGCGUUCACUGAGAUUGAAGAACCUCCAAGAAGAGGCCACAGAGGCAGAGCCAGAUGGGAAACACUUGAGCCCUCCAGACACACAGAGCAGACCAGCCAUCAACAAGAAACCAGCAACAGGUCCAGGGAGCGUGAAAAUCUCAUUUAUGUCCAGAAAGGCUUGUCGGCAUCUCACAUCCAACCCAAAGCAGCGCCGAUCCAUCCUGUAGCAGAUCUCGGUGAUCAAGAGCCAAAUCAUAGAAGCUUGCGUCACCAUUCGCAGGAGGCCAAGAAAAAUAACGCAGAGAUUCACCAGGACAGCCGUGUGUCUGUGGCCCAGCUCAGAAAUUCGUACAUGGAAAGCUCCAACACUCCCCCGAGCAGACGCAGAGACGAAGCUGAUGCGGCGAAUCAGGGCCAAGCAGGCUACCGAGCCUCUUGCAGGGGCCGCAGACCCCUUCACUAUAUCUAUCCGGGGGAGUGUAGAAAGACAUCAGAGAGGUUUAGGACACAGCCCAUCACCACUUCUGAGCGCCAGGAGACCGAUAGGUCCUGUGUGAGCUCCGAAUUGACUUCCAAUCAAGCUGAUGAAGAGAAGCUCGAUGAACGGGCCAAGCUGAGCGUAGCGGCCAAGCGCUCUCUCUUCAGGGAACUGGAGAAAAACAUUGGGUCUGGCAAACCCCGUUCGAGGAAUGCUGCAGUCGACCGAAGGCUGAGACGGACACAGGAUCGGUCUAGAACUCAGCCAGUCACCACCGAGGAGGUGGUCAUCGCCACCACCGCCCCCACUCAUGUGCCACACACCGUUCACACGGCUGUAGCGCGCGUCUCUAGCCCCACCCUUGUUUGCAGCGCCCUCGCUCCGAGCAGUCUGCAGGCAUCAUCGCAUCACAACGCCAGCGCCCGCGAGCAGGCGCCAGACGCUCGCCGAACACCGCCCGAGCAAGAGCCCCAGAGCUGCAAGCAGGUCGCACCAAUGGAUGAUAAAUCCCAGGCCCAGGAGGAGCCUGACCUCUGCACGCUCAGUCUGGCGGAGAAGAUGGCGCUGUUUAACCGGCUGGCUCAACCGCCCACCAGAGUGACUCGCGUCAGGGGGGACACGCGUCAGCGCAGGAGCAGCGCUCGCUAUCAGACACAACCUAUCACUCUUGGUGACAUGGAGAAGGAGUCUUCAGACGUAGACAGCCAGGAUGAACAGGAGCAAUGUGAGAAGCCGGUAGAACUCCACCAACUUCACAAUGAUGGAGGUUCUCAGUUUGAACACCUCCCUUCGUCCAGAGGAGGAACGCUAUCCACUGACCACGCAGGAGACAUCCACGUCACUCGAGCGGCAGUUGAAGCCAGCGCCCCUGACCCGAGACCCCACGACCACCAAACUCAGCCUUAUCGAGCCUCGCGACAUGCAGAGGAAGAAACAGAGCGGGCAGGGGGGAAGAGGAAGCUCCCCUCUCCCGAGAGAGAAGUCAGGCAGGCGGCUCCGCCUCAUCCCCAUGCUGGAAGAGAGAGAAGGGAGGAAGAGGAGGAGCAGUGGCGAUCUAGAGGGAGGUUGGAUGAAGCCAUGCUUAACUCAGACCAUCACAUGUUGAUAGAGAGGCAGGAACAAAAAAAUGAGGAAGGGGACCAUGUAGCCUUCCAGAGGCGGAGAACAUUCAGUGAAGAGUUGCCCGAGCCCACUAUUGUGAGAUCCAGACUAGCAUCGGGUUCAUCGAGGGGCGGCGUGUGCCAGCCUCCCGAGACGGACGCGUACCCCGACGACGGGGAACUUGGAGCCGGCACGUUGCAAUCUGAACCGCAGGACGAUCUGUGUGACGGGAUGACAGCCAAACACAUGUCCAUCAAACAGAGGGUGGCUUUGCUGAAGAAGAGCGGCGAGGACGACUGGAGGAACAGGAUCAAUAAGAAGCAGGAUGCAGUGAAGGUUGCCGUGGACGACCAGAACGCUCACUUGUGGGAAGUGGAGCAGAGCUUCAUGAAGAAGGGCGAUGAGGAACUGAUGAUGGAUGAUCUUGCAGUGUCUGACCAACUUUGGGUCCCCAAAUCUUCCAGAUCCAUGCAGGUAGAUGAGAGGUACCCCUGGAGACGGAAGAGAAUCACCGAGGCCGCGAUGGAGUCGCAGAGGAUCGAGGCCCAGAUGUCCAUCCAGGAGAGGAAAGAGCAGAUCGAAGCUCAAGAGGAAGCCUGGAAGUCCAAAGGCCACGGAGCUGCCAACGAUUCCACCCAAUUUACUGUGGCGGCACGCAUGGCCAAAAAAGGGUUGGCCUCCCCUUCUCCUUUGCAAUCAUCAUCGUCCAAAGCCAAGAACAGCAGCCCUGCCAUUUCCAAACCACAAGAUGAGAUCAAGGCAAUACCGGAUCUCAACCUGGAGUCGGACAGGAAACUGGAAAAGCUGGAGUCAUUCCUCGGCAAGCUCAACAGUAAAGCGCUGCCCGAGGCUACUGUCACGGUAACGGAGAAGAAGAUAAAAGAAGUCAUGACCCUGGACGAUGAGGAUUUUUCCAAAUUCUAUCGCCAAGUGGAGGAACCGCUGAGCAUCACUAACAAGGUGGAGCUGGCGGAUGAUUUUGAUGCCAUUUUCGGGCGGCAGGUUCCGACGCUGAUGUCAGACAUGGUGCAGCAUAAACGAGCGGUGCGCCCGACGCGCAACGUUCAAGCGUCGAAGAACCCGCUGAAGAUGCUCGCUGCCAGAGAGGACAUCAGACACGAAUACACUGAGCAGCGCCUCAACGUCGGCUUGUUGGAGAGCAGGAGGAUGAAGGCGGAGAAAAUGAACAUGAACUCCAAUUUAUCCGACGUGGCCCUGGCCGGUCUUGCCAGCACCGAGAACUUCAGCAAUGUCAACUUGCGCAGUGUCAACAUCUCUGAGCAGAUGUCCAACAAUAGCGCCGUGCCUUACAAGAAAUUGAUGCUCUUGCAGGUCAAAGGCCGGCGACAUAUUCAGACCAGGCUAGUGGAGCCAAGGGCGUCGUCGCUGAACAGCGGCGACUGUUUCCUCCUCAUCACGCCUCACCACUGCUUCAUCUGGAUGGGAGAGUUUGCUAACGUCAUCGAGAAGAAUAAGGCUGCAGAGUUGGGCAACUUCAUCCAAAGCAAGCGAGAUCUGGGUUGUCGCGCCGACAGUGUCCAGGUCAUCGAGGAAGGCGUCGAUAGUCACGGCCAAGCUGCCAAGGAGUUCUGGAAGAUCCUGGGAGGCCUCGCCAGUUACCAGUCAGCGGGAACACCGGAUGAAGAUGAGCUUUACGAAGGUGCCAUCGUGGAAACCAACUGUAUUUACCGUCUGAUCGACAACAAGCUGGUGCCGGAUGACGAUUUUUGGGCCAAGAUACCCCGUUGUUCCUUACUCAAACCAAAGGAGGUUCUGGUUUUUGACUUUGGUAGUGAGAUGUACAUUUGGCACGGGAAGGAAGUGACGCUGGCUCAGAGGAAGGUGGCCUUCCAGCUGGCCAAACACCUGUGGAACGGAACAUUUGACUACACAAACUGUGACAUCAACCCCCUCGAUCCCGGAGAAUGCAACCCGCUCAUUCCAAAGAAAGGCCAGGGUCGUCCUGACUGGGCAGUGUUUGGAAGACUGACUCAUCACAAUGAAACCACGUUGUUCAAAGAGAAGUUCUUAGAUUGGAGCGAGUCCAGGAAAGCACCCAGCCCCAGCAAAACCAGCAACAACCACAGUAUUGAUCGCAAGGAUCAGCCCACCUCUGAUCAGCCCCGUGCCUACGACGCCGCCUUAAUGUUGCCGCUCCACCAGGCGCCCGUCUGCACUGUUGUGGACGGCUUGAAUGUGGGGCGGGGCUACGGAUUGGUGGAAGUGGACGAUUGGCGCUGCUAUGAGAUCAGCACGAUUGGCGUGGAGGUGUGGCACAUCCUGGAGUUUGACUACAGCCGUCUACCGCGCCAAAGCAUCGGACAGUUCCAUGAGGGUGACACAUAUGUGGUGAAGUGGAAAUUCAUGGUCAGCACUGCAGUCUGGAAGCGGCAAAACCCUGAGCAGGUGAAGACGACGGGGCCCGGCAAAGAGAAAUGCUGCUACUUUUUUUGGCAAGGUCGCAACUCCACUGUCAGCGAGAAAGGAACGUCGGCACUCAUGACUGUCGAGUUGGAUGAGGAGCGAGGAGCACAGAUUCAAGUGCAGCAAGGAAAAGAACCUCCGUGCUUCCUGCAGUGCUUCACAGGAAGGAUGAUCGUCCAUGCAGGGAAGAGAGAAGAGGAGGAAGAAAACUCGCAAAAUGACUGGCGACUAUACUGUGUGCGAGGAGAAAUGGAGGCAGAGAGCCAUCUAGUGGAGGUUGUGUGUCACUGCAGUAGCCUGCGCUCUCGGGUCUCCAUGGUACUGCUGAGCGUCAGCCAGUCCCUCAUCUACCUCUGGCACGGCUGCAAGUCGCAAGCACACACACGGGAGGUGGCACACACCGCCGCCAGCAGAAUCAAAGAACAUUGUCCUCUGGAAGCAGGACUUCACAGCAGCAGCAAGGUGACCAUACGGGAAUGCGAGGAGGGAGCAGAACCGCAAGGAUUUUGGGAGGCCCUCGGCAGGAGAGACAGGAAAGCUUACGACUGCAUGCUGCAAGAUCCUGGCAGGUUCAACUUCACACCUCGUCUGUACCAGCUAAGCAGCAGUUCGGGGGAUUUCGUAGCUGUUGAGUUUCACUACCCUGCCAGAGACAACAAGCAAGUCAACUCCAUGCCUUUCCUACAAGAGGACCUUUAUUCCGCCUCCCAACCAGCAUUGUUCCUGGUGGACAACCACCAUGAAGUGUACCUGUGGCAAGGUUGGUGGCCUCAGGACAGUGAAAGUACCGGCUCCGCCCGAAUCCGCUGGGACUCGGACAGGAAGUGCGCAAUGGAGACGGUGCUGCAGUACUGCCGAGAAAAGAAUCCGAAAAAGGCCCCGAAAGCGUACCUGAUCCACGCCGGCCUGGAGCCGCUCACCUUCACCAACAUGUUUCCCAGCUGGGAGCACCGGGAGGACGUGGCUGAGAUCACCGAGCGGGAAGCCGAGGUGUGUAACCAGAUUAUUCUGGUGGAGGAUGUGUUAGCCAGACUAUGUCAGACCGCAUACCCUCUGGAAGAUCUCCUGGCUCGGCCGCUGCCUGAGGGCGUUGACCCCCUGCGGUUGGAAGUCUACCUCACAGAUGAGGACUUUGAGGGCGUGGGGGCUUGUGGAAAGAGAGGCUUGGAGAUGACCCGGGAGGAGUACGAUAGUAUGCCUGCAUGGAAGCAGGUGAACUUGAAGAAAUCCAAAGGACUUUUCUAAACGGAGCAGUUACAUAUAUAUGAGGUAGUCAUUGCCGUUUUGUUUUUCCGGGUUGAGAAGCUCAGGGUCUGCCUCUCCUGAGUCGACCUUCGAACGGAGAGAGAUGAAAAUGAGAGGUGGUCCAGCUUCUUGUUUAUUUUCCUUCUAUUUCCAUUGUAAAAUAAAACGGCACCUGUGUGUCUGAGAGGGCUUUUUUAAAGUGUCCAUGCAUGUACAUAUUAUUUAGCAUAUACAGUUCUUUGUGAAAAUAAUUUAUAUUUAUAUUCAAGUAGGAUGAAACAAAGCCAAUUAAAAUUUGAUGGAAACUAUUGUCAUGUAUUUGAUAGUUUUUGUAAUCCUCUGUUGCUGUACAGAUACAAUAUGAUACACUUAACAAUUAAAGUAAUGCAACUUUUGUUAUGAUGCCUCAUUUAAUGAAUUGACAGUUUGAAGUCAUGAAAUGUAUUUGAUUUAUAAAAAGCUACACUGUCGUGCCUUGUUUUUGUGUACAGUUUAUAUACAGAUCAGUCGGACUUUUUGUGACAAAUAACUGCAAGUGAAAUAAAGCCUGGAUGUUGGAAUGUCA